UUGGGCCUAAUAUCAUUGCGACUCGUAUCGAGCCCACCAAGCCCACAUUUCACACCAAUCCGUAGCAAAGCCCAUAUGAUGUGGGACUGGAAAGCCCAAAAACGUGGGCCAGCAGCAACAAACCUGGGCCCAAUUGAAAAGAAACUGUCGUACCUAUCCAGGUGGACAUGUCCUCCUUUUUUAUCCCCAAACUUGAAGAAGUUGCAAUCGUAAUGGCAACCGACCAACCGCUGGCUGUAAUGUCUGCUUGGAGGUCCCUUUCUUAAACUCCACUGACACUUCGACGCGCCCCUUUCUGCAAUUCACGAAAUCGUUCCGCAACAGAGACCGCCAUGAAAACAUCCUCUUCAAAACCAGUCCCAAGAAACGACGAGUUCCGACAAGAUAUAGAUUGGGAGCUCCGACCGGGCGGAAUGAUUGUUCAAAAACGACACAUCGGGUCGGGUUCGGAUCGUUUCAUUAGAAUCAAAAUCUCUCACGGUUCUUGCCAUCAGCUCCUCACCGUCGACGCCCAUUCCACAUUCGGGGAUUUGAAGAGGCUUCUCCGGCAGAAGACAGGAUUGGAGCCGAGGGAACAGAGAUUGUUGUUUAGAGGGAAGGAGAAGGAGAACGACGAGUGUUUGCACAUGGCGGGUGUUAACGACAUGUCGAAAGUGGUUUUGAUGGAGGAUCCGGCCAGUAAAGAGAGGAAGCUGGAAAUGAAUAAGAGGACUACGACGGCGGUCGGUGAUGCUCUGGCGGAGAUCACGGCGGAGAUCGACAAACUCUUCCAGAAGGUUGCGGCGGUGGAAGGAGCGGUUAACGGCGGGAGAACGGUGGAGGAGAAAGAAGUAAAUGGAUUGAUAGAUAUGUUGAUGAUGCAGUUGUUGAAAUUGGAUGCAAUUGAGAUUAACGGAGAUGCCAAAUUGCUGAGAACUCAGGUGAUUAGAGUACAGAAUUACGUGGAUAGACUCGACAACAUGAAGAAUGGAAGAAACUCAAAUGGGUUGAGAAUUGAAUGUGGAUUUGGCACUCUCAUUCCUCCGAUUACUUCUACAAAAAUAACUCAUGAUUGGGAACUCUUUGAUUAUCUGAUCAACCCAACUCAACUUAAUAUAAUCAUGAACUUAUUUACAUCGAAUGAUAAGCAAGGGCAUGCUUUAGAUGGUAUGAACUUGAAGUCUAUUGCAAAUAUUGCAACUCAUAGAAUGGCUCAACCCGCCGGAAUUCCGGCCAUCCUCCGCCCUCUCCCGCCCUUGCCACGCUCUCGCUUGGGAAAACCCACCCCCACCACCGCCGGAGACAAGCUACACCUCUUUCAAUCAAAUGGAAAUGACAAAAUCUUCCUCUCCGGAGGGGAACCUACGGCGCCGCCGCCACUCAAUGAACACCGAUUGCAACUUCCAGAUUCUGACAAGGACGUCAACGUGGAAGCCAGGCGGCUGCGAAGGGUGAUGCAAAGCAGACAAUAUUCACAAAAGUAUCGACUCAAACAGCUUCAUUAUAUUACACAGCUUGAAUCGGAACUCAAAGCCCUUCAAGCUGAAGUAACAAUUACCUCACCGAGGAUCAAAUUCAUGGACCGCCAAAAUUCACUGCUCCGAGCCGAAAAUUACUCCAUCAAAGAGAAAUUAUCCUCUUACGCCGGUGAACUUCUGUUCAAAGAAGCCCAAUACGAGGAGCUGAAAAGGGAGAGAAACAUGUUGAAGGAGAUCUACGAAGCAUAUCAGUUAAAACGGCUGGAAACACUGAAAAACAGCAACAGCACAAGAGGCGGUGGUGGUGGAAGCUCUUUCCAAUUGGAAGAGAAUGGCCCAGAAAUGGCCGACAAAUCGAACCCAUUUAGGAUGCUGGAAAACUGA